AUGUCUGCUAUUUCUACCUCACACUUCAACAGUUCCAGAUUUGUUCUCACAGGAUUUCCUGGGCUAGAAGUUGAAUAUUUCUGGAUCUCCAUUCCUUUUUUCUCCAUCUAUGCCAUGGUGUUCCUGGGAAACUGCAUGGUGCUCCACGUGAUCCGGACUGAGCCAAGCCUGCACCAGCCCAUGUUCUACUUCCUGGCCAUGUUGGCCCUCACUGACCUGUGCAUGGGGUUUUCCACAGUGCCCACAGUGCUGGGGAUCCUGUGGGGUUUCAUUCGGGAGAUCAGCCUGGAUUCCUGCAUUGCCCAGUCCUAUUUCAUCCAUGGUCUGUCCUUCAUGGAAUCCUCUGUCCUCUUAGCUAUGGCUUUUGACCGCUACAUUGCCAUUUGCAACCCACUGCGCUAUUCCUCCGUACUAACUAAUGAGAAAAUUAUGAAAAUUGGGGUGACGAUCUUAUGUAGGAGCUCUUUACUCAUACCUCCAGUCAUCAUCCGUCUGAAGUUCUUAAAUUAUUGCCGUCCUCACGUCCUCUCUCACUCUUUCUGCCUGCACCAAGACUUAAUUCGAAUGGCCUGUGGGGACAUUCGUUUCAACAGCAUCUAUGGUCUGGCUCUAGUGAUUAGCAACCUUUUAUUAGAUGCAGUCCUCAUCCUUGUCUCCUACAUCCUGAUCUUGCAUGCAGUCCUAGCCAUUGCAUCCCGAGAGGAGAGACUCAAGUCCUUGCAGACCUGUGUAUCUCACAUUUGUGCUGUUUUGGUAUUUUACAUCCCAAUAAUCGGAUUGACUAUGGUGCAUCGCUUUGGAAAACAUCUUUCACCUUUGGUUCAUGUCCUCAUGGGCAACAUCUAUAUCCUUUUCCCACCCUUGAUGAACCCCAUCAUCUAUAGUAUCAAGACCCAACAGAUAAGAAGGAGAAUACAGAGACUUUUCUGUUUAAAAAAUGCAUAA